AGAUCCAGUUCCAGCCUUGGAUUUAGGACAGCAGCUUCAGCUGAAGGUUCAACGUAUGCACGAUAUUGAAACAGAGAACCAGAAACUUAGGGAAACUCUAGAGGAAUACAAUAAAGAAUUCGCCGAGGUGAAAAAUCAAGAGGUUACAAUAAAAGCACUUAAAGAGAAAAUCCGAGAAUAUGAACAGACCCUGAAGAACCAAGCGGAGAAUAUAGCCCUUGAAAAAGAACAAAAGUUACAAAAUGAUUUUGCAGAGAAGGAGAGAAAAUUGCAGGAGACACAGAUGUCAACAGCCUCAAAGCUGGAAGAAGCGGAACACAAAGUUCAAGCUUUGCAAACAGCCUUGGAAAAAACCAGAACAGAACUAUUUGAUCUGAAAACAAAAUACGAUGAAGAAACUACUGCAAAGGCUGAUGAAAUCGAGAUGAUCAUGACAGACCUUGAAAGAGCAAAUCAGAGGGCAGAGGUGGCUCAGAGAGAGGCAGAGACCUUAAGGGAGCAGCUCUCGUCAGCAAACAAAUCUCUCCAACUUGCUACGCAGAUCCAGAAGGCACCUGAUGUGGAGCAGGCCAUCGAGGUGCUAACACGGUCCAGCUUGGAAGUAGAACUGGCUGCGAAGGAGCGGGAAAUCGCCCAGCUCGUUGAAGAUGUCCAGAGACUCCAGGGCAGCCUCACCAAGCUGCGGGAGAACUCCAGCAGCCAAAUCUCACAGCUGGAGCAGCAGCUGACCGCCAAGAACAGCACACUUAAACAACUGGAAGAAAAACUGAAAGGACAGGCUGAUUAUGAAGAGGUUAAGAAAGAAUUAAAUAUAUUGAAAUCCAUGGAGUUUGCACCAUCUGAAAGCUCUAGCGCGCAGGAUGCGUCUAAACCGCUGGAGGUGCUGCUGCUGGAGAAGAACCGCUCCUUGCAGUCUGAGAACGCCACGCUGCGUAUCACAAAUAGUGACCUGAGUGGGUCAGCCAGGAGAAAAGGGAAAGACCAGCCUGAGAGUCAGCGUCCUGCAACCUUGCCGGCCUCCCCUCCUUCUCAGUUGCUCCGCAACGCGGGGGAGCAGGCUUCCAAUACUAAUGGUACACACCAGUUCUCACCAACGGGUUUAAGUCAAGACUUUUUCAGCUCAUCCCUGGCGAGCCCCAGCUUACCCCUGGCCUCCACAGGAAAAUUUGCACUAAACUCUCUCCUCCAGCGACAGCUAAUGCAGUCCUUCUACUCCAAGGCAAUGCAGGAAGCAGGAAGCACAAGCAUGAUUUUUUCAACAGGUCCUUACAGCACAAACUCCAUAUCUUCCCAAAGUCCAUUACAACAAAGUCCGGACGUAAAUGGCAUGGCCCCGUCUCCCAGCCAGUCAGAAAGUGCUGGGAGCAUCUCUGAAGGCGAGGAGAUAGACACAGCUGAAAUUGCACGUCAGGUGAAAGAGCAAUUGAUCAAGCACAAUAUUGGACAGCGGAUAUUUGGACAUUAUGUGUUGGGACUGUCGCAAGGGUCUGUGAGUGAGAUACUAGCCCGGCCAAAGCCAUGGAAUAAACUGACUGUGAGAGGCAAGGAACCAUUUCAUAAGAUGAAGCAGUUCCUCUCGGACGAGCAGAACAUCUUGGCUCUUCGCAGCAUCCAGGGUAGACAAAGAGGUAAUAUAACCACACGAAUCCGAACCACAGAGACUGGCUCUGAUGAAGCCAUCAAAUCCAUUCUUGAACAAGCCAAAAGGGAGCUGCAAGUACAGAAAACAGCUGAGCCGGCUCAGCCGCCUUCUGCAUCUAGCAGUGGCAAUUCUGAUGAUGCUAUUCGAUCCAUUCUGCAACAAGCCCGACGCGAAAUGGAGGCACAGCAGGCUGCCCUUGAACCUGCCUUAAAAACACCACCUUUAUCUCAAGCUGACAUUUCUAUCCUGUCCCCCAAACUAGUAUCUACACCUGCAAUGUCUUCGGUUUCCAGCUAUUCUCCUUUGGCCAUAUCCCUGAAGAAACAUUCAUCUGUCACUGAUUCCAGUAUCUCUGCAUUGCAGAACCUCUCUGGGCUCAAAAAGGAGCCUCAGGAGGCACCUGUUUUAGAGCUUCAUGGAAUAAGUGAUUCUGCCCAGGGUAUGUUGAGGCAUGUUAAAAAUGAGUUGGGACGUGGUGGUGUUUGGAAGGACCAUUGGUGGAAUACUGUGCAGCAUGAGAGAAGAAAUACAGCUCUUCCUGAAGAUGUAAAAGUUGAGGAAGCCAGUGGUGGAAAAGAAAAGGUCAGCAAUCAGACUAGGCCAGAUCGUAGCCAGCUCCAAGGACCAUCUUCGUCAGAGUAUUGGAAAGAGUGGCCAAACGCUGAAUCUCCGUACUCCCAGAGUUCUGAAUUGAGCAUGACUGGGGCGAGUCGCAGUGAGACGCCACAAAAUAGCCCCCUUCCUUCAUCCCCUAUCGUGUCUUUGUCAAAGCCAUCCAAACCUUCAGUUCCUCCACUGACACCCGAGCAGUAUGAGAUUUAUAUGUACCAGGAAGUGGAUACGAUAGAGCUAACGCGGCAGGUCAAAGAAAAACUAGCAAAGAAUGGCAUCUGCCAAAGGAUCUUUGGGGAAAAGGUAUUGGGGCUGUCCCAAGGAAGUGUCAGUGACAUGCUCUCCAGGCCAAAGCCAUGGAGUAAAUUGACCCAAAAAGGCCGAGAACCAUUUAUUCGUAUGCAGCUCUGGUUGAAUGGUGAGCUGGGACAGUGUGUCCUGCCUGCACAAGGGCAGCAACAAGGACAAGAAAGCACUCCAAAGACUUCUGCCAGUUGCAGUCCUGCUCCUGAAUCUCCCAUGAGUUCCAGUGAAUCAGUGAAAAGCCUGACUGAAUUGGUACAGCAACCCUGUCCCACUAUAGAGACAAGUAAGGAUGGCAAAUCCCAAGAAUCUAGCGAGCCGCCUGCUUCUGAAUCCCAAUCUACAACACCUUUGCCGCUGUCGGGCCACUCGGCACUCAGCAUUCAAGAACUGGUUGCGAUGUCCCCUGAGCUGGAUACGUAUGGCAUUACAAAGAGGGUCAAAGAAGUGUUAACGGACAACAAUCUUGGUCAGCGUUUGUUUGGGGAGACAAUCCUAGGGCUAACACAAGGCUCUGUCUCAGACCUUCUGGCUCGCCCAAAGCCCUGGCACAAGCUGAGUUUGAAGGGACGGGAACCCUUUGUCCGCAUGCAGCUGUGGCUGAACGAUCCCAACAACGUGGAGAAGCUGAUGGAUAUGAAACGAAUGGAGAAAAAAGCCUACAUGAAACGGCGACACAGCUCUGUUAGCGACAGUCAGUCUUGUGAGUCCUCAUCCGCUGGAAUAGACUACAACCAGGGAGCCAGCCCGCAACCGCAGCAUCAGCUGAAGAAACCCCGGGUGGUGCUGGCACCGGAAGAGAAAGAAGCUCUGAAACGAGCCUACCAGCAAAAGCCAUACCCAUCACCAAAAACUAUUGAGGAACUCGCUACGCAGCUCAACUUGAAAACCAGCACUGUGAUCAACUGGUUCCACAAUUACAGGUCUCGCAUCCGCCGGGAGCUGUUCAUCGAGGAGAUUCAAGCCGGGAGCCAGAGCCAGGCUGGGUCGAGCGACUCUCCUUCCGCCAGAAGCAGCAGGGCCGCUCACAGCUCCGAGGGAGACAGCUGCGAUGGCGUGGACGCAGAAGGCCCACCUGAGGGAAAGCCGAGUGGCCCGGAGGCGGAUGAGUACAGCAAUGCAACCACAAAGUCUCAGGGAGGGCCAGCGGAGUCGGCUUUCGAAGCGGGGGAAGAGGCACUGCAAGGCGCCAGCUCUUCGGAGAAAGCGGAGCCGUUCCAGGCGGAGAGCCUGGAGGACACCGACGACGAGGGCAGGCUCAGAGCACCGCGCCAGAGCUCUCCACCGGCAUCGCAGCGCCCGGGAGAAGCUCUGGAGACACUGCCAAACUCUGCCACGGAAGGGGAUGCCUCUACCUCAGCUGCCUCCACCUCAGUCCUUACAGGGGAGAGCUCCUACAAGUCAAAAGAAAGUUCAGAGAAAAUCUCCAGUGUGCCAAGUACGAGCUCGACGCCGGCCGCAGGCUCGCAGAAAGCCAACUCUCUUCAGAGCUUGUUCAGCUUCUCCGAGGCGGCGAGCUCCAGGAACACGCGAGACAGCUCCUUGAGGAAAAAGAAAGCGGCAAACUUGAACAACAUCAUCCACCGCUUGGAGAAGGCCGCGAGUCGAGAAGAGGCCGUCGAGUGGGAGUUUUGAGAUUAAACUCGCCCAACUCUGGAGAGCUGGGAAGUGAAACUGGACCUCUACUGGUUUUAUUGUGUUGCGCACUUAACCGCCCUGCGGGCCACAGGGCAAAAACGCCAUAGGCCAAGGUGCAUAUAGAAA